GGUAUGGGGGAUUAGGGGGUGUGGGUGUGCUGUGGGUUUUGUCUCUACCAAAAUUUACGUGUGGUAACCCAGUGGUCAGUGCGAUGGUGUUAGGAGUAGUUAGGCCGUGGAGGGGAUGAAGGGCCUUGCAGACCAGGCCUCAAUCAGCAGAGACCUCUCACCCUCCCAGCGCCUGCACAUGAGGAUACAGUGUCUGUCCCCUCCGCAGGAUGCAGCAGAAACGUACCACUUUGGAAGUUGAGCGCCCCCUCACCAGACACCAGACCUGCUGGCUCCUGAAUCUUGAACUUCCAGCAUCCAGAACAGGGAGAAAUAAGUUUCUGUUCUUUAAAAUUACUCCGUCUCAGAUGGACACCCGCCCCGGGAGCCAGUGUUCCGUCGCCCCAGAAGCCGUGCUCAAUAGUGGAGAGCUGGUCUUGCCGCCCCGCAUCUCCAGAGUGAACGGCUGGUCGUUACCCCUGCACUACUUCCAGGUGGUGACCUGGGCUGUCUUCCUGGGCCUUUCCUCGGCCACCUUCGGGAUCUUCAUUCCCCUCCUGCCUCAUGUGUGGAAAUAUGUCGCCUACGUGGUGACCGGGGGGAUCUUCUCCUUCCACCUCGUCGUCCACCUGAUUGCCUCCUGCAUCGACCCGGCCGACUUCGAUGUCAGACUCGUGAAGAACUACUCUCAGCCCAUGCCGAUCUUCGACAGAUCGAAACACGCACACGUGAUCCAGAACCAGUUCUGCCACCUGUGCAAGGUCACCGUGAAUAAGAAAACCAAACACUGCAUUUCCUGCAAUAAGUGUGUAUCUGGCUUCGACCACCACUGCAAGUGGAUCAGCAACUGCGUGGGAAGCCGUAAUUACUGGUUCUUCUUCAGCACCGUGGCCUCAGCCACAGCCGGCAUGCUUUGCCUGAUCACCAUCCUGCUGUACAUCCUCGUCCAGUACUUUGUGAACCCCGGGGUGCUCCGCACGGACCCCAACUAUGAAGAUGUCAAGAAUACGAACACGUGGCUGCUGUUCCUUCCCCUGUUCCCGGUGCAGGUGCAGACCCUGAUAGUCGUGAUCAUCGGCAUGGUCGUGCUCCUGCUGGACCUGCUUGGCUUGGUGCAGCUGGGCCAGCUGCUCAUCUUCCACAUCUACCUGAAGGCCAAGAAGAUGACCACCUUUGAGUAUCUCAUUAAGACCCGCCAAGAAGAGAGUUCAGAACACCAAGCGGCGAGGAAAGAUGCAUGCGCGCAAAUGGAGGAAGGAUUUCUCCAGCAAAGAGACGGCACCCUGGGCUCAUCUGGACAGGGGUAAGUUGUCAGCUUUCUGCAGUUGCUUGGUCACUGAAGAAUAACUGUAUUCUUUUCUUAACUCAAAUGACUGGAAAAUAAUUCACCUAUGAUGAGACAUUUUUGACAUCAUGGGAUGAUGCAGUAGAAGAUAAAAUAGUUUUGUUUAACGUUGUUAAAUUAUACCAAAUUAUCUAUCUCGAUGUGCUUGUCUUACUUGCAGAAACUACAUUCUUCACUCCCUUCUUCAUAACUAACAUCUAAACUAACGCACAAGAAUAAGACCCUCUUAUUUAUUUCUACAUCUCUCCAUGAACACUGUGUGGUUGUGAGUCCGAAUGUGUUUCUGAUGAUCUCUCAUAGUGUUUCGUAUAAAUUGUAAGCUCUGAGAGUCCAACCCGUUUCUGAGUCAAGGUGGUAAGUAAAUGGGAGCUCUGGGGGCGCCGUGACCCUGGAGCCCCGCCCAGCAGGGCCAGG